AUGUCUCGAUAUCCUCAUUCCAGGCUCUUCAUUGGUCCGGUUCGCUCUGUGGUCAUCACCGGAGCCCAUAUUCAAGUACUUGAAACGAGUACCGGUGACAUCCUCCACUCCACAACGAACUUCAGCGCGCAGGACAAGGAUGCCGUGAUCAAGUCAGGUCCGAUCCGUUGCGCAGCGAUAAGUCAUGACGAUAAAUACCUUGCGACUGCUGGGGACGACAAGCACUUGAAAGUAUGGGAUUUAGGGCCCCUGGCUUUGAUGAGCACACGAGAAUUACCCAAAAAAGCGACGGGGAUAGAGUUCACGAAGGGCGAUGAUGUUCUCGUCGCUGAUAAAUUCGGCGAUGUGUUUCGGUACACUCUACGCCACGAUCCGAGUGUCACGUCCACAAAGUCCGCCGACGAUGCAUCUGCCUUACCUGAAAAUCCCUCUGGCGGAGUCCUUGUCCUUGGACAUGUCUCUGUCCUUACGGGUUGUCUGCUCACUCCUGAUCAGGACUUCAUAAUAACGUCCGACAGGGACGAACACAUAAGAGUGAGUUGGUAUCCGGAAGGAUUCGUCAUCGAGUCCUAUUGCCUAGGUCACGAAAGAUAUGUCUCUGCUAUUCACAUUCCCCCAUCUGCGCCGACUAGUCUAAUCUCUGGCGGGGGCGACCCGGACCUGAAAAUAUGGGAUUGGAUGACAGGCCGUUUAGAGCGCAACGUCAACAUCUUUGGUGACGUUGAACCUUUUAUGAUGGCGAAGGCUCCAAAGCGGAGGCCUAAAUCACAGAAUGGCGGUGAUGACGACGCGGAAAUUAACAAGAGAAGCGGUCGGCGGAAAAAGAAAACGAAACAGAAGCAGGAUAUCCAACGCGGUGACAGCGAGGACCCAAUCGCCGGUUCAUCCGCGGACGUGUCGAUGUCGAACCGGGAUCUCGCCGAGACAGAAACAGUAUUCGUUGUACACAAAAUUGAUUCUUUCGUUUCCCGAGGCGGAAGCCAUAUAGUAUUCAGCGUCGUCGGCGCGACAGCAUUGUUUGCAUUUUCAUCAGUCGACGUUACUGAUGAUGCAGCGAUUUGUCGAUUUGAUUGCGGAAGACCAAUUAUCAACUUCACCGUAGCUGGUUACGGCUUGAUCUGGAUCUUAUUGGAUGCAGACUACGGGGGUAAGGAAAAUCCUGAAAGUCUAGGGAAAUUGGUUCGGGUCGUAAGAUGGCAUUCUGGCGAGUUCCUUGAAGUUGAUAACGCACCCCCGCUCCUCCAGUCACUCAAUUCAGCAUGCGUGAUACCAGGUCUGUAUGUCCUGAUUCAUAGGGAGCUACCUGUUGAGUUCUUCACAGCAACUCCGACAGAACUCAAAGCCUUAGAUCUAUACUCGGACCUCGUAUCUCUACCUAAGCAUGUUGAUGGCGAGCCUGAAAUUCAAGAGCGCGGACAGUCCGAACUUCUCGAAGGCAGCGGUACAUCAGCCAGUGUCGAGAGGAGCUUGCCAAAGAGGACGCUUGGACGGCUUAAGCAUAAACUUGCACUGCAACGAUUGCUACAGGAUCAAGCGGAGAGUGCAGAUUCUGAAGCACCACCCGGUACUAAGCGCCCCAAAGCUGAAAACUCGGACGGCGCCCCGGAAGACGCGGACAUGGAGUUGACUUAG